AUGGCCAAGUCUAGUAAGAGUGCUGCCAAGAAGGGUGGUAACAGCUGGUGCUGGACGCUGUCUCUGCUCGUGAUCCUCUUCCUCGUGGGCGGAUCCUUCUACCUGUACCACAACACCAACUUUGUCUUUGAGCCGGCUGAGUUGCAGGCCAUCGCCAAGGCCGCCAUCGCCGCGAACAAGAACGGUUCUACUGAGGCCCUGGUUAACGAUGUCAUUGCCCGUAUGCGCGCCAAGUAUGGCGACCACAUUCUUGAGGAAUCAGAGUGCGUUUCUCGUCUCUACACCGAGCCCAUACAUGCUAUGCCAUCUCCUUUUUUUUUUUCUCUCUGUCUCUCUGUCUCUCUGUCUCUUUGUCUCUCUGUCUCUCUGUCUCUCUGUCUCUCUGUCUCUCUGUCUCUCUGCCUCUGUCCGUCUCUGUCCAUCUGUCUGGCUCUCGCCUUGCAGUGCGUCGGCCGAUGGAUGUUCAACAAUGCUGGUGGUGCCAUGGGUUCAAUGAUUGUCCUCCAUUGCUCUUUCUCCGAGUACAUCAUCAUUUUCGGCACGGCGCUGGGCACGGAGGGUCACACAGGCCGUUUCUUGGCUGACGAUUACUUUACCAUUCUGGCCGGCGAGCAGUGGGCCUACCCCGCUGGCGCUCUGGAGCGUGAAGUCUACAUGCCCGGAGACCAACACCACCUUCGUCUCGGAGAAGCCAAGCAGUACAAAAUGCCCGACGCGUGCUGGGCGCUCGAGUAUGCCCGCGGUAACAUUGUGGCCAUGCUGCCCUUUGGCUUUGCGGAUGCCAUCACCUCCACGCUUGACUUUUACACCUUGUACCAGACGGUGAAGGCACGCGCCAGCCAUGUGCCAGUCCAGGCGUUUGGCGCCCACAAUGCCUUUGUUGGACGCAUACUACAGCGUAAUGACAUUCCCGUUGCAUAUGUGAGCGGUGCUGCCACCAGUGCUGUGCUGGGCAUGACGGACACUGGCAUACUCGGUCGAUCCGACUUUGAGCGCGCCAUUCGACAGCUUUGCGAGGCCACCCAACCUAGUGCAGCUCGUGCAGCACCCCUGUAUGUUAUGGCUGAUAUGGACACAGGCUUUGGAGAGACGCCGGAAGAAUGGCGCGCCGCUGUACGCGGUUACGCCCAUGCCGGCGCCCACAGCUUCCACAUUGAGGACCAAGUAUCUGCGAAGCGUUGCGGUCACCUUGAUGGCAAGCAGCUCAUCAGUCCGACAGAUUUUGCACACAAGUUGGCCGUGGUCCUGGAUGAAGCCGCACAACAGCCUGGUGAUUUGGUCGUGUGGGCUCGCACAGACGCCGCCUCUGUAGAGGGGCUUACACAAGCCAUCGACCGUGCUCGGCGAUAUGCCGACGUCGGUGCCACGUGCUUUUUCCCCGAAGGCUUGGAGCGGGCGGAAGACUUUGAGCGGUUUGCACUCGAGCUGCGUGCCACACACCCAGAUGUCCAUCUGUUGGCCAACAUGACCGAGUUUGGCAAAUCGCCACUCCUCAGUAUCAACGACCUCGGUUUCAUGGGGUAUAGCAUGGUCUUAUAUCCUGUCACGCUGUUUCGAGCAGCCAUGCGGGCCGUGGAAGGCGCACUCCUUGCUGUUGGACGCGACGGCAGCAAUCGAGCCCUGGAACCGGUCAUCAUGAGUCGUCAGGAGAUGUACGACAUCCUCGAGUACCAGCCCAACACUCGUGGACCAAGCGAAGAAUAG